CUCUUUCCAGCACCUCACAAUUUUUAUUUUCUUCGAAAGAAUAUCCACUUCUAAAUUAUGCCAGAAAUUUCAAAAUAGGCCCCCAAGAAAAAAAUUCACUCCUGCAAGGCCAUAUCUUUUAGCAUUUAUCAUUCUUCCAAGACUCUCAGGGAAGAGCCAGGGAUGGCUCUGGAACACUGUUUCCAAUUGAGCUCCGUUUCCACCACUAAAGCUAGUGUUCUGCAAAGCUACCAUCAUUUUUCUUCUGCUGAGAAGAUUCAUUUGCUGACAUUUAGAGGGUUGAAUAAUUGUAAACCAAAUUUAUCAUUCACUUCAUCUUCAUCUUUUGCUCAUUCAUUCACUGGCAGAUGCCAAAAAUCCAGGCUCAUCUGCAAAGCUCGUGAAGCUGUUGAUGCAGUUGACGUGGUGACAGAAGCGAACUGGGGAGAGCUUGUCGUUGGCAGUAAAACUCCUGUUCUGGUGGAAUUUUGGGCACCAUGGUGCGGACCCUGUCGUAUGAUUGAGCCUGUCAUCGCUGAAUUAGCCAAAGAAUUUGCUGGAAAGAUUGCUUGUUACAAGCUCAACACCGAUGAGAGCCCAAACAUUGCCACACAGUUCGGAAUUAGGAGCAUCCCAACCAUGCUGUUUUUCAAGGAUGGAGAGAAGAAAGAGAGCGUCAUCGGGGCAGUGUCUAAGUCUACCUUGGCUGCUACCAUUGACAAAUAUGUUGAUAGCUGA